AUCAACGACGGCGUUUUCGAGGAACAGACUUGAAGGCAACUUUUCAAGGCUGAUACAACAACGUGCUUCCACUUCUGUUAUAAAUUUUCUCUCUCAUCCCGCCAUUCCUUCAACUAUUAUUUCCGGCGGAUGGGCGUAUUCAACUCAUCUAUCGAGGCAAGGGACGUGAAGCCCAGAUACAGACAGACACAGACACAGACGCACACGCACACGCAGACGCACACGAAUCAACCAUGAGCGACCUCCAACGAGCAUGGGCGAAACGUAAACUCGACACCAUGCCCGAGCCUCUCUCCCUCGCCGAGGAAGAACCCGCCGAAGAGGAGACGGAUUUUGUCCCUGACCUGCCCGAGCACCUUGACGACGGAGACUCCUCAUCAGCCUCAUCGGCCUCGUCCGCCUCUUCCACCGGCACCGUCAUCCCUUCACCUAGUCAGAGACUUUUUGCGAGACCUCAAGGGGGUGCUCGCAGCUGGGAACCCAUACCCUGGACAACUUAUUUCGAGAGGGAACUUUUCCUCGAGCAGGAUCUCAACGGCGAUGCCUCCUCCUCUUCUCCAUCACCACCAGUAUCGUUCCCGUCGUCCUCGUCCUAUCGCAUCACCCAUCACGUUUACCUCACCUCACCCUCAUCUCAAGGCGGUCCUCUCUUCGUCACUCAUCACGGCGCAGGCUCCUCCGGCCUCUCCUUCGCCCUAGUUUCGGCCGAGAUCCGCCGUCUACUCCCCAACGCCGGCAUCCUGUCCCUCGACGCACGCGGCCACGGCUCCACCACCGUCACCUCAUCUCCUUCUACCCCUGAACCACCGCCCCUGGACCUCUCCCUCGAAACCCUCACCCAAGACCUCUACAACGCCAUCCUCCUCACCAAACGCCAAAUGCGCUGGUCCCAGAUCCCCCCGCUCGUCCUGGUCGGCCACUCCCUGGGCGGCGCCGUCGUCACCUCCCUCGCCCUGAACCCGCGCUCCCUGGCCCCGCACAUCCUGGGCCACGCCGUCCUCGACGUCGUCGAGGGUUCCGCCAUGGACGCCCUCCAGAGCAUGCACGCCUACCUCUCCACCCGCCCCACCGCCUUCCCCUCCGUCGAAUCCGCCAUCGAAUGGCACGUCCGCUCCCGCACCCUCCGCAACUCCCUCUCCGCCAGGACCUCCGUCCCUUCCCUCCUCGUCCCGGACAACAAGAACCAGGACGUCGCAGUCGUCCGAGCCGAUCCCGAACCCAACCCCACUUCUUCCACCUCCACCCCAGCUCCCCCUUCGUCCACCGCCUCGUCCCCGUCGUCAUCAUCAUCAUCAUCAUCGUCGUCGUCGUCUACCGGGAACCAACGCCGCCCCUGGCACUGGCGAACCGACCUCGCCGCCACCCAACCCUUCUGGGAGGGCUGGUUCGCCGGCCUGAGCCGCAAGUUCCUCUCCGCCCGCGGCGGCAAGCUGCUCCUCCUGGCCGGCACCGACCGCCUCGACACCGAGCUCACCAUCGGCCAGAUGCAGGGCAAGUACGCGCUGCAGGUCUUCCCCGACGCCGGCCACUUUCUGCACGAGGACCUCCCCGAGAAGACCGCCGUGUCGCUCGUCGACUUCUUUCGCCGGAACGACCGGAGCGCCCUCGUCCUGCCGCCGAAAGUGUCUGAUCUUCUCAAGCAGGGGAAGAAGGUCUGA